UCCCGGGGGGUGAGCACACAGAGGCCAGUCCUGGGCACACCCGGCUCCAGCUCAGCCACCACCAUGUCUCUGACCAAGGCUGAGAAGACCAUCAUCCUGUCCAUGUGGGGCAAGAUCUCCACUCAGGCGGAUGCCAUUGGCACCCAGGCCCUGGAGAGGCUCUUCGCCAGCUACCCCCAGACCAAGACCUACUUCCCGCACUUCGACCUGCGCCCGGGCUCCGCGCACCUGCGCACGCACGGCGCCAAGGUGGCGGCCGCCCUGGGCGAUGCGGUCAAGAGCAUCGACAACAUCGCGGGCGCCCUGUCCAAGCUGAGUGAGAUGCACGCCUACGUUCUGCGCGUGGACCCGGUCAACUUCAAGCUCCUGUCCCACUGUCUGCUGGUCACGGUGGCCUCGCACUUCCCCGCUGACUUCACGGCCGACGCCCAUACCGCCUGGGACAAGUUCCUGUCCAUCGUGUCCUGCGUCCUGACCGAGAAGUACCGCUGAGCGCCGCCGCCAGGCCGGGGGCCGGCUGCGACCCCGCCCCUGCCCCUGCAACUUCCCUCAAUUUUGCCCCCAAUAAAUGGAUGCGGAUGGAA